AAACUACGGUCUGCAAUUACUUUAACUGGAGAUUUCCAGUCUAUUCCGUGUAGUUUUGUUAUUCAUAAGGCUGGACCUGUGCUACUAGGACUUGUAGAGACACACCUUGAGUUUUGAUUAGAUUUAUAAGGAACCAUGUCGUAUUGUAAAACCUUCGGAAAAGAUAAGGUGAUAUUCGCCACUCAAGAGGAUCAUGCGACACCAAGUACAAUUCAGCUACCAGAAUCAGAACCAUCGCCUGGGUUAAUACUAGAAAACGGCGAAAUCAACUGGAGCUGUCCGUGCCUUGGUGGGAUGGCUACCGGACCUUGUGGGGUUGAGUUUCGCGAUGCUUUUUCGUGUUUUCACUACAGUGAAGCACAGCCGAAAGGAUCCGACUGUUACGAUGCGUUCAAAACGAUGCAGGAUUGCAUGGCCAACUAUCCGGGUGUCUACAAACAGAAUUUGCGAGAGGACGAAGAAGACGCAGAUGAGGGUCUUGAUUUGGGUGCAAUGCUUGACGACGAUGAAGAGGAUCCCGAUCGGCAGUCUUUGAAGCAGCAAUCUGCUGCUGCUGCUACUACAGAAAAUGCCCCCACUGCAGCUAGUAGCGGCGAGCAGACAACGGCCAUAGCGCGGAAUGCAACCUAGCAAUGAUCGCAUUAUAGUUUACGAUAAAGUUAUUUAGAACAGAA